AUGGCUCACAGGUUAGGUGGACGUAGAAAGAACGUUAAAAAAGGUUUCCAAUUUACUCUUAUGGUAGUUGGCGCGUCUGGUAUCGGUCGCUCUACCUUUGUAAACACACUAUGUGGUAGUGAAGUUUUAACCAAAAAACUCUGCGAUUCUCCCGAAACUGCACAUGUGGAAGAAGGUAUUCGUAUAAAACCCGUCACAGUUGAAUUGGACGAGGAUGGUGUAAGAAUCGCUUUAACGAUUGUAGACACUCCUGGGUUUGGUGACAAUAUUGACAACGAAUUUUGUUUUCAAGAAAUUAUGGGAUAUUUAGAAAGACAGUAUGAUGACAUCCUUGCUGAAGAAUCGCGGAUCAAACGUAAUCCACGCUUUAGAGAUAAUCGCGUACACGCUCUUCUUUACUUCAUUACUCCAACAGGUCAUUCUCUCCGGGAGAUCGAUAUUGAAUUAAUGAAACGACUGAGUCCACGUGUCAAUGUGAUUCCUGUUAUUGGUAAAGCUGAUACUUGUACACCAACAGAAUUAGCUGAAUUCAAAAAGAGGAUCAUGGAAGAUAUCAAUCACUAUAAUAUUCCAAUUUACAACUUCCCAUUCGAUGUAGAGGAAGAUGAUGAGGAAACUGUUGAAGAAAAUGGAGAACUUAGGGCCCUUUUACCCUUUGCCAUUAUUGGCAGUGAAGAAGAAAUUCAAGUAAAUGGAAGAUCCGUUCGCGGGCGCCAAUACCCAUGGGGUGUUGUUGAAGUUGAUAAUCCACAACACUCGGACUUUGCUAGAUUACGAUCAGCUUUGUUAAGCUCUCAUUUACAAGAUCUGAAAGAAAUUACUCAUGAUUUCUUGUAUGAAAAUUAUCGUACAGAUAAACUUAGUCGAAGUAGUGCUGACACCCCUGUCGAGGAAACCUCGAAUAAUAUCCUGCCGGAAGAACUUACUUCUCAAAGUGUAAGAUUGAAAGAAGAACAAUUAAAACGCGAAGAAGAGAAGUUGAGAGAAAUUGAAUUGAAGGUUCAACGUGAAAUCACCGAAAAAAGACAAGAAUUGCUGGCUAAAGAAGAGGCUCUUAGAAGUUUAGAAGCACGAUUAGCACAAACCCAAGAAAAUAAUUAA